AUGGCGUCAGUAGAGCAGCGGCCAAAUCCGAUUACAGAGAACUCCUUGACGAUACACAGCGGGUUUGUCAUGGCGGAGGAGGGCAACAUCGCGGAAUCCUGGCUCUACAGGAGGAACACGAAGUCAGUAGAUGGCCCUUGUUGUCCCGCACUUGGAAGAGCUGAAAAACGCUGGUUCCAUCAAACAAUCUACGUGAAGGAAUUUGCAGAUCGAUGCCAUCUUACUGGGUUGUCGUUGAAACCCUUUGAGGGAACAUAUAGUUACAAGGUUUCAGCCAUUACCGCAGUGAUCUUGGACGCUGAUGAAACGGGUACCCUGGUAGGGGUGAGGAGGAAUAUGGUCAACCGGCGACGAGAAGGGAAUCCGUCGAUAUCUUCUCAGCAAACAUGCAAACAUGGCUGGAAGCUGAGUGUCGUCGUUGUCGGUGUGGUGAACUUGCUUGUCGCUGGGGCGAAUGAGAAAGCAGCGGGCUGGUUUCUCCAGCGAGGGAUUUCCACUGACUUACUAACUACAAUAAAUUUGUUGAUCCCUCCGUUUUGGCGGUGUCAAGUUAAGAGAUUGAUCGUCUCUACCCAUGAACUUGAACUCGUCGAUUCGUUCCGAGGGGUCAGCCAACCCAUAAGAAGAACACUUGCAUCUCCACAUUUUCCUCGAUUGUUGGUAGAAGAAGCCCCAGAAAAGAAGUAUCAUGCCCCUACAUGGGAUAAGGAUUCUUAUUGUUUAGUUAUUGGUGCUGUUUGGCUGCACACCACACGCGGGAUUUUGAUAUUAUCUGUAACUUACUCCCGUGCGAACCGAGCCUAUAUUCACAAAUUGAACUCCGACGAUGAGUUCGAUUCGGCACGCUGGGCCCCCCUCUGGUCUAAACUGGCGUCGUCGGAAUGUCUCAUCUUCGAAGCCAUCUGCAGCCCGGCCGUCUUUUCAUUGGCGGCUCGUGGGGCGGAUGACUUGGGUUAG